GUAUGAUUUCAAAUUCAUCUAAAAGACAACGCUUAAUUGAAGAAGGAUAACAAAAGAUCACUCUAAACAAGAUAGUCAAAUUUUCACAUUAUGAAACCAUUUUCAAGUUUGUUUUCUUUCUUGUCUUAAGUAAUUUUUAAUCCAUUAACUUAUUUAGUUAUUAUCUCCUUAUAUAGUUUCGAUAUCAUCUAAUUUUAACAAUUCCUUUAAGAAAAGAACUUUCGAAGAUUCGAUUGGAAGAAUAUCAAGUGGCUUUUUAUUGGAUUGAUUCUAAUACAUGUAUAAAAUGAUCUCUUACAAAUAGAUUACAAAAGAAAUAAAUAAGAAACUUGUUACAGGUUACGUGGAAAAAAAACUAGAUUCAAAAUAUAUAGGAAUUGAUCGAUAAUUAAGAGUACAAAAAAUAGUGAAAUGGAUUUAUGACACAUUAUAUUACACUAGUGCUACACUCUUUGCCUUCUUUACCUUUCAAAAUGAAAAAUGGUUCCCUACAGAAUUUGGUGGAACCAAUUUUAAAGAAACUUUAUAUGACUUUCCAAAUUUCCCAGAUGUAUUAUGAUACGUUAAUUUUAUUUUAGAAUCCUUGGGUUCCAAUAUAUUAUAUGGUUUAAGCAUCAAGUCAUGUGCAUGCUUUAUUACUAUUAAUGGUUUAUGGUACUAAAAUAGAACUUAAAUAUUGGGAAUAUUUAUUACAUCAUUCUCUUGCUGUUAGUUUACUUUAUUUUUCAACAAUGUAUAACUGUGAAAAUAUUGGGAUUGUUGUUCUUUUACUUCAUGAUAUAAGUGAUAUCUUUUUGGCUUUAGGGAGAACAUAUGGAGAUAUUGGUAAAAAUAAGAUAUUCGUAUAUAUUGGAUUUUCAUCUAUAUAAAUAUCUUGGUUAUACACAAGAGUUUACGUUUUUCCAAUAAAGAUUUAUGAUUGUUUGUUAAACCAUCCUUAAUUUCUGCCAUAUUGGUAAUGAAAAUGUAUUAAUAUUUUAUAGGGAAUAAACAAAGCAUGCUUUUUAUAAUUAAAUUGGUCUAAUGGUUUUACUGUUUGGUAUGCAUGUUUAUUGGACAAUAUUUAUGGUUAAAGUAGGUUUGGGUAUAUUCUCAUCUGGACGUUAUAAGAAUAUUUACGAUAAUAGAGAAAACAAGUUAGAUCAUAAUAAGAAAGAGAAUUGA